CAACAAAAAUAUACGUAAUAAAGACUCCAAGUCAAUGCCUUCAUAACAAAAACAAAAAUAAAAUAAAAGUAAAAACAGUAGACUCAAGAGUUUAGAAACAAAACAAACUAUUUUACCAAUUGAGAAAAGCAAAAAGUAGAAAAAAGGAUAAUCUUCAAUUCGAUUCAAGAUCUAGAGAAAGAUGCAGCGGAGUCUAUAAUCUAACUACUGCUUUUUCCCAAAUUCAGCUUCUCCUUCUUCUUCUUCUUCUCUUUCUUCUUGUCAUCGAUUUCCGAUUCAAGAAUCUUCCUCGAAGACCUUUUCAUUUUUAACAGUUAACUCUAUCUCUGUUUUUACGGAGAAAGAUGUGAUUUUGAGAUAUGGGUUUUGAUAUUAUAAGAUGCUAAUGUAUUGGGCUCUCUUCAUGUUUGGGAGAAAAUAAAGUAUGAACAAUUUAUCCAAUUGAAAAAGAAUUUGCAAAUGAAGAAGUAAAUUUAGGGAAUUUGGAAAGUUUGGAAUUUCUUUUUCUUCUGUUGGGUGAUGAGAAAAUGGGAGAGAAUGCAAUUGGAAAUGCGGCGGCUAUGCAUACAGCAAUGAAUUCAGUGCAGGCAUUAGGAAGAGGAUUUGAUGUGAACUUUGAUACGAGGUUGUUGUAUUGUAAAGGAGUAACUGGGUCUAGAGUUGUCCAGAUUGAUGAGGAGCAUACUAGGAAUCUUUAUUUGUAUGAUGAGAUUGAGUUGCCUAAUAUUUCAAGAGAUAUCAAUAAGUCUCUUGAUUCUCAGGGUAGACAGAGUUAUGGUGUUUGUACCUUUUUUGAGAUGGUGGAGUACUUUAAUCACAAGGCUAAUGUACCUGGCCAUUGUCCCCUCGGUAGCUUCAAUUCUGCAUUUAGCUUUACUGGUUCAAAGCAUAUUGAUGCUUCAACUACAAAGACUCUCUCACUGGAUGGAUUUUAUAUUCCGCUUGCCAAGGUCCAGCUUAUGAAAUCCCCAUUAGUGUUGCAGGAGCAUGUUAAACGGGCUGUCCCAACUAGUUGGGAUCCUUCAUCCUUAGCAAGAUUCAUUGAAAAUUUUGGAACACAUGUUAUCACUUCUGUAACUAUUGGUGGUAAGGAUAUGAUAUACGUUAAACAACAUCAGUCAUCCCCCUUAUCAACCAUGGAGAUUAAAAACUAUGUUCAGGAUAUAGGAAAUCAGAGAUUCUGUGACACAGAGAGUCAUACUAGUUCAGGUCCUAUGAGACCCAAGGAUAAGAGUGGUGAUUCUGGUAUAUUUAACAGCCAAGGGAUAUAUCCACAACCCACAAGUGCUCCAUAUCUUACUGGAAAAGAAGACGUCACAGUCAUUUUCCGGAGAACAGGAGGAGAUGAUUUGGAACAAAAUUACACCCGCUGGGCAAGAACCGUAAAAGCCUCUCCAGAUGUCAUUGAGAUGACUUUUUCUCCUAUUACAGAUCUCCUCAAUGGGACACCUGGAAAGGAGCAUCUGACUCGUGCAAUUGGUCUAUACCUUGAAUACAAGCCUCAGAUUGAAGAGCUUAGAUAUUUUCUGGAGUUUCAGAUUCCUCGAGUUUGGGCUCCUGUACAAGAAAAUAUUCCUGGUCGCCAAAGAAAGGAACCUGUUUGCCCAUCUUUACAAUUUAGCAUGAUGGGGGCAAAGCUUUAUGUCAGCCAGGAGCAGAUAUCAGUAGGACGCAAACCUGUUACGGGCAUGCGAUUAUCCAUGGAAGGAGCCAAGCAAAAUCGGCUAAGUAUUCAUAUUCAACAUUUAGCAUCUCUUCCAAAAAUCCUUCUUCCAUAUUGGGACAUCCAUGCUGCAAUUGGAGCUCCUAAGUGGCAGGGACCUGAGGAGCAGGACAGUCGAUGGUUUGAGCCAGUGAAAUGGAAGAAUUUCUCUCAUGUAAGCACGGCACCAAUUGAGGACCCUGAAAGCUUCAUAGGUGAUCUCUCCGGGGUCUACAUAGUAACAGGAGCUCAGCUUGGAGUGUGGGAUUUUGGGUCAAGAAACGUCUUAUAUAUGAAACUUUUGUAUUCAAGGCUACCUGGCUGCACUAUACGAAGAUCUCUAUGGGAUCAUGCCCCAAAUGACAAAUUAAAGAAAGUCUAUUCUGCAAAUAAUACCAACUCUGGUGACUCAAGUUCGAGUUCCAUAGAAAAUACUGUAGGCAAGAAAUUGGCAAGAUUUGUGGAUAUGUCUGAGAUGACCAAAGGGCCACAAGAUCCUCCAGGUCAUUGGUUGGUCACUGGGGGAAAGCUUGGAGUGGAGAAAGGAAAAAUUGUUUUGAGAGUAAAGUAUUCUUUGCUGAAUUAUUAAGCUGACAGUUGAAUAUAGUUUGUGUGAUAAUGUGAUAGGGUGCAUCAUAGAAGCUGUGUGCUUGAUGCGUAUGGAGUUGCUCCAUACAAACCAUAAGGAACAACAUGGGCUGGUGGGAUAUAUUGGAUGGGGAUGUGUAUCUAAGGUGCUUUUUAGAGUUAGGGCUUCUCCCAGUCUCAGAGGACAAUUCUGUUUAUGGUUUUUCUUUUUGAACGAAGCUGUGAAUUUUUGUAGAGCAAGUUGUUAAGUGAUGGGAAGGAAUGUAGGGUUGCCUCUUAAUUCUCAAUGUGCUUGUCCAUAUAUUUAUAAAUAUACUCAGAAUUCUUUUUCUCUAAAA